GGAACAAUCAUUUUGACACCCCAUGUCGCUUACGACGACAGAGGCGUUCAUGGAUGAACCCCGCGUGCUCUCGAUUCAGUCGCAUGUCGUACACGGCUAUGUCGGCAACCGAAGCGCAGUGUUCCCCAUGCAGCUACUUGGCCUCGAAGUGGACGUCCUCAACACGGUGCACUUCAGCAACCACACUGGGUACAAAAAGUUCCGCGGCGAACGCAUGACUUGUGACCAACUGGAGAACGUGAUUGCUGGUCUCGAAGAAAAUGAUCUGCUGCACUACACUCAUCUCUUGACGGGAUAUAUCGGGAACCCUGCCUUACUGCGCGCGAUUACAGACACCCUGCGCAAGCUGCGUCGCCAAAAUCCUUCCUCAUUGUAUGUGUGCGACCCAGUCAUGGGAGAUGAUGGCAAGCUAUACGUGUCGCCAGAGUUGGUGGAUAUCUACCGCGACGAAGUCCUGCCGCUGGCCGAUAUCAUCACGCCGAACCAGUUCGAAUGCGAGCUCCUGUCUGGUCAAACCCUCACGAGCGAUGCCGACGUCGUGGCAGCAUGCCGCAUGCUCCAUGCGUUGGGGCCGCGCAUCGUAGUCGUGAGCAGUUUCACCCCACCCGACGAGCCGCAUCGUUUGUGGCUGUACGCGAGCGAAGCGGUGACUGUCAAUGGUCGGCAAUUGUCGAACAUGUACAAGAUGGAAGUCCCGCGGCUGCCGGCGUACUACUCGGGCACGGGCGACUUGUUCGCGGCGCUCCUCCUCGCUUGGCUGGCCAAGCACCCGACCAACCUGAAACUCGUGCUCGAAACGGUCGUCGCGACCGUCCAGGCGGUGAUGCGCCGAACGAACGACGCCCAAUCCGCCAAUCGCGAGUUGAAACUCAUUCAAAGCCGCCGCGACAUCGAGUCCCCCACAAUCGUCCUGAAGGCGCAGUUGCUUGCCGGUCCCAUCACGCACGUCAUCUGGGACGCGCGGCACUUGGUACCACCAUCUUCAUCGUUGCUUGGGGCCCUGGACAUGUUAGCCUUUUCUCACUGCUUUGGCACCAGAUCGAGCAACAAGCGGACGGAAUCGCCAUGCUCCAAUCCUCUGGCAUUUCCGUUGUAGUCCUCAUCGACGAGAAGACCAGCGCACCGUCUUUGGCCACCGCGUCGUCGCCAGUAGUGUCGGUCUCUUGCUUCAACGAGUCCGCUUCAUGGGCCGAUGUGUGUGCGAAGGCUCGAGUGGCGCCAGGUCACUCGAAUAUCUGGUUGCGUAGCCAACGCUGUGCUGCUCAGCGAUGGGACGUUCCUCCCGCACGAUAGCAACGUCGUUGCGUUUCAAACGUCCGCCAUCCUCCGUGAUACGCUCGCUAUGGUUGCCACGUCUUUCAAAUAAGCACCAGCCAUGUUAACAUCUUGAGCGCAGCGCCGGUCUCCAUAUCCCAGCAUGUUCGCCCGACGUCGCCAUGCCAGUCUCGACCGACAUGCUAACCUGGCGCGUCGUUGCAUUUGGAUUGUUAUCGCUUGGAAUUCUGUUUAAAAUGAUAGCAGGUUGCGCUCGCUGGUCACUUGGUUGGCCUUGACCAAUGCACUCGUCCACUUGGCCAGCGCAUCGACGGUCUUGGACGCCGCCACUUCCCGCGUUGUUCUAACACGCCCCGCAUUCAUGUUGACGUUGUUCCA